UUGUCUUUCUCUUUUAAUAGUAGCGAUACGUGUGUGUUGUGUGUGAGAUAAAGAGUGGGACGAUAACAUCACUCUGUGUAAACCCCCCAGUCCACAUCCAGCUAAUGCUACUGCCAAAGAUAUAUUUCUCUUUCAGAAGCACGAGCCAAUACGUGUUUCCGUGUUUAUAACUUUGCGAUAUAUAACCAACCAAUCUUUAGUCCUUUUCUUCAUUACCCAUCUCCACCAACGGCUAGUGUUCACCAUUUCAUCUUCUCCACAGACCCCCAAUAACCUGACCCACAUGCAGAACAACGAACUGUGAGUUUUAGAGAGAGAAAGGGUGAGUGACUGUGUGGUUUAGAGAGAGACCCAGAUGGAUUUCAGUUCGUUCUUGACGUCUCUUGGGACGUCCUUGGUGAUUUUCUUAGUUUUGAUGUGCUUGUUUGUCUGGCUUUCGAGGAAACCUGGGAACAAUGUUGUUUACUACCCGAAUCGGAUCUUGAAAGGUUUGGAUGCCCACGAGGGGUUGUCUGGAGUUAGAAACCCUUUCGCUUGGAUGCGAGAGGCUCUGUCUUCCACCGAAGAAGAUGUUAUUUCCAUGUCUGGUGUUGAUUCUGCUGUCUACUUUGUCUUCUUGAGCACUGUAUUGGGAAUAUUAGUCUUGGCCGGCCUAGUGCUGUUACCAAUACUUCUUCCAGUAGCAGUCACCGAUCACGCGGUGAUAUCAGACAAUACCACCAGCAAUGGGACUUUCAGUGACCUUGAUAGGCUAUCUAUGGGACAUGUUGAAGAAAAAAGUCCACGGUUGUGGGCAUUCGUGAUUGCCACCUAUUGGGUUUCUCUUGUUGCAUAUUACUUACUGUGGAAGGCAUACAAACAUGUUUCUGAUCUGAGAGCUGCAGCUUUAAUGUCUCCAGAAGUGAGAGCUGAGCAGUUUACUGUUCUUGUCAGAGACAUUCCUCCUACCCCUGAAGGUCAAUCUAGAAAGGAACAGAUUGACUCAUAUUUCAAAACAAUCUAUCCCGAGGCAUUUUACAGAUCAAUGGUAGUCACAGACAACAAGGAGGUCAAUAAAAUAUAUGAAGAGUUGGAAGGGUGCAAAAAGAAGCUUGCACAUGCUGAAGCUGUAUAUGCACAGUCAAAACAAGCAGGCAAGCCUGAAGGAAUGAGACCAACGAACAGAACUGGCUUCCUUGGUCUCUUUGGUAAUAAGGUAGAUUCGAUAGAGUACUAUACCAAAAAAAUCAAUGAACUGACCCCAAAAUUGGAAGCUGAACAAAAAGUCACGCUCAGAGAGAAGCAGCAGGGUUCAGCUCUGGUCUUCUUCACCAGCAGGGUUACUGCUGCUUCUGCAGCUGUGAGUCUACAUGCUCGAAUGGUGGACACAUGGACAGUCAUGGAUGCUCCUGAACCCCGACAGUUAAUAUGGCCUAAUCUUCCUAAGAAUUUUUAUGAUAGGCUGAUACGACAGUAUGUCAUUUAUGUCAUUGUCUUUUUGACAAUAGUUUUUUUCAUGAUCCCAAUUGGAUUAAUCUCUGCAUUUACAACUCUGCCGAAUCUGAGGAAGCUUCUCCCAUUUCUAAAGGCAGUCGUUGAUCAGGAUGUGAUUAAGACAGUGUUGGAAGCUUACCUACCUCAGAUUGCACUUAUUGUGUUUCUGGCUUUGUUGCCGAAGUUUCUUUUGUUUCUAUCAAAGGCUGAGGGCAUUCCUUCGGAGAGCCAUGCAAUAAGGGCUGCUUCAGGGAAAUACUUCUAUUUCAUCGUCUUGAACGUAUUUAUCGGUGUUUCAGUUGGUGGAUUUAUUUUCAGUAAAAUCAAGACGAUUGAGAAGGAUCCAAGUUCUAUUGUUGACUUACUGGCAACUAGCCUCCCAGAAAAUGCAACUUUCUUCUUGACAUUUGUGGCUCUGAAGUUCUUUGUUGGCUAUGGUCUUGAGCUGUCCCGGAUAGUUCCUUUGAUAAUAUUCCACAUCAAGAGGAAGUACCUUUGCAAAACUGAAGCUGAAUUGAAAGAAGCUUGGGUUCCUGGAGAUCUUGGAUAUGGAACUAGAGUUCCUGGUGACAUGCUGAUAGUGACAAUUGUCUUUUGCUACUCUGUAAUAGCUCCAAUAAUUAUUCCAUUUGGUGUCGUAUACUUUGGCCUCGGAUGGCUUAUUCUCCGGAAUCAGGUACUCAAAGUGUAUGUUCCAUCCUAUGAGAGCUAUGGAAGGAUGUGGCCUCACAUUCACACGCGCAUCUUAGCUUCCUUGCUCCUAUUUCAAGUCACCAUGUUAGGUUACUUUGGCGUGAAGAAGUUCUACUACACUCCAAUUCUGAUUCCCCUUCCGAUAAUGUCCUUGAUCUUCGCCUUCAUUUGUAGCAAGAAAUUCUAUCGAUUUUUCCAAGCAACAGCUCUUGAAGUCGCUUGUCGUGAAUUGAAGGAAAUUCCAAACAUGGAACUUGUCUUCAGAUCUUUCAUUCCACCAAGCUUGAGCGCCGGGAAAUCUGAUGAUGAUCAGUUUGAAGAUGCUUUGUCUCAAGUUUCAAGGACAGGCUCAUUUGUUUGAUGCACAUAUGUGAAACGCUGCUGAAUUUUUCGGUGUUUAUAGUUUUCUAGCUUAGCUGAAACUUGAAUUUAUUUGUUAACAGUUUGCAUUAGGAACCAUGUCUGUAAUUUGUUGUGUGUUUUGGUAAUUGUGUGAGAAUGUUUGUAUCUACUCCUGUUUGAUGCAAAGGGUGAUAUAAGAUUCAUCGUUUACUACAUCCCAUUCUGUAUAAGCUCAUCUGUGGAAAUGGAUUCAUUAAUUUAUUUUCACUUUCAGCCAAG